GGUCAGCACCAUGGCCCCUGUCAACUUGGCCGGUGCACUUAACACUGCAGGGCCGUCGCGUCCCCCGCAAGCUACGGAUCCGCAGAUCACUCCUGAUGGUCAUUGCGUCUCAAUUGAGAGCGAUGACGGCGAGUGGGACAUCCCGAGGGCCCACAAGAAGAAGAAAGGAAAAAAUCCGGCCAGCGACCUCCCGAAACUCCGCCUUCGAAAGGCUGGGGGAUAGGGAGGAAGGCCAGAGGAAGUCAGCCAAGCAAAGGCUGGGGCAGAGCGUUGCCCAUGUCAGCGCAUUCGCCCGGCUAGGCAAGGAGCGGGAGGCCGAGCCUGCCCGCACCCGGCGCUCCCGCUCUAACCGGCAGGAGCCAGCGAGGACGAGGGCCUCCCACCAGGAAGGGGAGGCAGAAAGCCAGCCCAGGCUACCGGUGGCGAACCGGUUAACCAUCCCAAACGACCGCGUCCAGCAGAUGGAGGCAAAGCUGGAAAGGCUGGAAAAGAAGGUCGGGGAGAAGAAUGACCGGGACAAACCCCUGGCGGGGUCCCCGUUCACCACAAGGGUCCAUCUGACACCUUUCCUGCGAAAGGUCAAGAUCGACGCCCCCAGAUUCACCGGGAAGGAAGAUCCGGAAAUCCACCUGGACUCCUUCAACCAGAGUGCGACCAUGAACGGUUGCACCGAUGAAGAAAAGUGCCUACUUUUCUUCCAGACCUUGCGGAACCGAGCCACUGAAUGGUUCAAUAAGCUUCGCUCGGGAAGCAUUGACUCGUUCAGUGAUUUGGCCUCGAAGUUCAAGGCCAAGUUCCAGGAGAAUUGUACUAAGAGGAAGAAGUUUACCUAUGUUAGUACAGCCGGGCAGAGGGAGUCUGAGAACCUCACUCAGUUCCUUACCCGGUGGAAGGAAGAGGUAGACAAGGUGGAAGAGAUGGAUGACAAGACCGUCCUCUCCCUCCUCUUGAAUGGCUUGCGUGCUGGGGAACUAUACAAGGAGUUCUGCCGGAAACCCCCAGCCACAUACCAAGAGGCCUACCAUACUGCAUGCCCACUGAGCAAUGAAUAUGAAGCUCUGGCUGGAGGGCUCAGACUUGCCCAAGCCCUGAAAAUCAGCCGGGUCAGUAUCAAAUCUGACUCUAGCCUGAUAGUAGGGCAAGUGACCGGUAACAUGGAAGCAAGGGAAGGACGCAUGGCACAAUACAAGGACCUUGUACUUGCCCUGUUGAAAGGCUUCGAAGAAUUCAAGAUCGCCCAAAUUCCCCGGGCGGAGAACGCGGAUGCAGACCUUCUCUCCAAAUUGACGCAGUAUGCUCCCGAGCAUGUUUCGAAACUUGCCCGGGUAGAGAUCCUUGACCGUGCAAGCAUCGAGAAAUUGGAAGUCGCCGCAAUAACUGCCGGAAGCCAGUUUGACCGGUCCAACUUGGUCGGGGUGGACGACCAUUGGAUGUAUGAUCUGAUGGAAUAUUUGACGGAGGGGAGCUUGCCAGAACAAGAUGACCGGGCAAGAAAAGUGAAGCUCAGGGCACCCCGAUUCCAGAUUCUUGAUGGAAAGCUGUAUAAAAGGGCAUUUGGAGGGCCACUCCUGAGAUGUCUAACCAACCGGGAAGCUGAGCGAGUCAUAGCGGAAGUCCAUGAAGGCGUAUGCGCGGCGCAUCAAAUGUCCCGAUUGAUAGGUCGAACCUAUCCUAGGAGGGCUUCCUGGGUGGAUCGAAUCCACUUGGCUAAGCCAACUGAGACACAGGCCCGGACCUGGCACGCUGGUUACUACACCAGUCUUGCUCAGUAUAAUAGAAAAAUAUCAAAACCCGGAAGAGGGGCCCGGAAGAGGGUAUGCCUGCAAGAGGGCUGGACCUGGAAGAGGGUUCGAACCGUACUUACACGGGCCCAUGAGGUUUGACUGGUGUCGGGGAAUCAGCCGACGCCGUCAGAUUGAUUGGGGACUAAAAAGAUGCCCAUUAAAAGAAAUAGAAGGGGAUCGUCCACCGUGGCGCAUCCUACAUCCCCCUUCUCAGGGAAGACUUGAACGGGGGGGUGAGCUAAGGCCUUCCCGGGAUGGUAGAAAUCAAAGGGCCAUUAAAAGACUUAAUCACCC